CCUUUGUUGUUUUCUGUGCGCUUCCAAAACAUUGAGAAACGUUUAAUACGUGAGCUGGUAUUUAUUUUUCCGAGUUAAAAAUACAACUGCCUGGUUUUGAACGUUAACGCUGCCUCCGCGUUGCGACCCGUCUGAUUUGGAAAGGCGAGUUUACGAGACGCGCAUGAAAGCAGCACGAGGAGGAAGAGGAAAGGAAAAGCUGUUAUGGACACUUUCCUCUGAAAACAGGCUGCUGGCCGUAACAAGAGGAGACGCUAAACAACAUAAGUGACCGGGGUAACAUGAGCCAAGGGUUUCCUGCCGCCUUCUUGUUUGCUAAAGCCAAAUAUUCCCAGGAACAAAGUGCUGAAUGUGAAGAGGGUCCAGCUGCACGUCUGCAUUUAAUUUUCUCUUUUGUAAUCUCAGCAGCCAGAAAUGUCUUCUGAUCUCUGAAGGCCUGGAUCAAUAAGUUACAGACGCACACAGCUCCUGAUCUGGAGAGACCAGUUCAGCCAACAAUCAUAUUUUUGAACAGGCUCCCCCCCCCUCGCGGCGUCCCGUCCACUGCCAGCGAUGGACAGCCUGGAGGAGGACCUGACCUGCUCCGUGUGCUACUCGCUGUUCUCCGACCCGCGCGUCCUGCCGUGUUCCCACACCUUCUGCAAGAGCUGCUUGGACAACCUGCUGCAGGUGUCCACCAACUACUCCAUCUGGCGCCCGCUGCGCCUGCCCAUAAAAUGUCCCCACUGCCGGAGCGUGGUGGAGCUGCCGCCGACCGGCGUGGACGCGCUCCCGUCCAAUGUGUCUCUGCGAGCCAUCGUCGAGAAAUACCAGAGGGACAGCGAGCCGCGGGCGCCGUCCUGCCAGGAGCACCGAAGGCAGCCGCUCAACAUGUACUGCGUCCAGGACCGGCAGCUGAUCUGCGGCCUGUGCCUGACCGUCGGCCAGCACCACGGCCAUCCCAUAGACGACCUGCAGGCGGCCUUUGUCAGAGAAAAACAAACCCCGACGCUGCUGCUGGCCAGGCUCUCGGAGCAGAAGUGGAGUCAGGUGUGUGAACUGGGGAAGCAGCUGGAGCAGGAGAAGGCGCGCUGCGACGCUCUGCUGAGGCAGGACCGGCAGGAGGUCAACCAGUUCUUCGUCUCUUUAGAGGAGGUGCUGGCCAGGAAGAAGCAGGCCUACCUGGAGGCUCUGACCGAAGCUGCUGCAGAGGUGGCCGCGACCUACGACCCCCUCAUCCACAGAGUCAAGGAGCUGCAGGAGGAGCAGUUGGACCUGGUGUCUCUGGGGUCGUCCGUGGAGGAGGAAGACUCCCCCCUGGUGUUCCUGGAGAAACUCCAUCAGUUCAGAGAUCGGGUGGAGAACUUCAUCAGAACCCCGCUGCCCUCUGGGAUCAACCUCUCGGUGACGCCGCGCGCCGCGUCCUACCUGCAGCAGAACUGGCCCGCAGUGACCAUCAGCAGCCUGGAGCAGGCGCCGGUCCCCAAGCUGUGCUGCUGCACCAGACGCGUCGGCCCGGAGACCGGAGCAGAGGCGGACCCGCCCGUCACGGCGGCCUGGGACAGGUGGCGCCAGCUGAAGCCCACCGCUUCCGUAGCUCUGCUGGGCCUGCUGCUGCUUCUGCUGCUGGCGGCGCUGUGGGCCAACCCCGUCGGAGGUGCGUCGUUCGGGUUCUCCGUCCUGUCCCGCCUCAGUCAGCUGGCCCAGAGUCUGAGCGGCAGCCUCGUCACGUCCGUGUGGGACACAAUGGAGGCGAAGUGCGCAGAGAUGGGGGCUGCGGUGCAGAGGUGCAGCUCGCAGCUGUCUGUGUUCAGAGACCGAGUCGUUCAGCAGGUGAAAGCUUUACUUGAAGCGUCAACGUCUCGCUGACGGAAGGCUGAACGUGGAGCAGUCUCAUUUCCCGGUUCCAAAGAACCAAAACAGCCUGACUUUAGUUACUUUCUAAACAUUUGCUAGUUAAGAUUUCGCAUUAACGGGCUUGUUUGAGGUUUCAACAUUUAAAAACCAAAACUACGUUGUGUCCAGCCUAAACAGCAACAAGUUUUUUUUUUUUUUUUUCAGCGAAACAGGGAUUUAAUUAAGCCAGAACCUCUUCUGCUCAUUUCCUGUCAGCACAUUUAGGAAAUGAAGACGAUCAGAGGAGAAAUGCUGCAGCAGCAGAAAGUUUCUCGUUCAUUUCCUGGGUGUUUUAUUCUGUAAUCACAUUAUGUAGCAAUAUUCAUUUUUGAUAAGCGUUUCUUUUUCUUCCACCCAUAAAAGAUGCAGAAACUUGCAUCAGAUUUUUCUGACAUUAUGGGACACGUUGCAUGUGGACCUUAUGACUCUAGACUGUUUACAAUAAUGGAGGAAUGUGUUGCAUGACGAGUGACUCCCAAUCUGUGCCUUUAAUUAUCCUGCCUCCCCAUUUCCUCCAGGACCAGCACUUUUAAGGAAGUGGUGCAUCUUGAAAAUCUGCCUCAGAACAAAGUCCAUCAUGACGCCUUAUUUAUCAUGUUUUGAUGUAAACUGGGAUUUUGAAAUGUGGCAAAACCACAGCACACGACUGUCUGAAACAAAAUACAUGGAAAAUGUAAGAGGUUGUUGUAACCUGUAGGGGUUUUUUUUUGUUCUAUAAACCUUUUAAAUAUUCAAUAAAUAAAAUUUGCAGAAUCACA